UUCACACACACACACAUCUUGCCCUAAAUGGCUCUUAUAUAUAUAAACAAACGAAACCAACACCAAAAUCAUCAUUCACUUUGAUAUUUACACAAGUUAUUUAUAAAGCGCCGACACUAGCUAGCUCGCUAACUUAAGCGUACUACCCUAGCUAGUCCUCCCAUGGCUAAGUUGAAUAUCCCAUCAGGCGGCGGGGGAAAGAGAAAGCAGACCAUUGUGAAGCUCAAACUUGUGGUUGAAAUGCUACAGAAGACUGUCUUAUCUGGAUCAAAGAAAUCCCAUGAUAAUAAUCAAGCUUCUUCACCCUCCUUCUUCGAAGACGACGACGACGACGACGAGGAGGAGGAGGACGUGAAGGUAACUGGCGGCGGCAGAGUUCCGGCAGACGUGAAAGAGGGUCACUUUGUGGUAUUCGCGGCGACCGGGGAAGGUGAAGCGAAGAGGUUCGUAGUUCCCCUAAGCUAUCUAGAGUAUCCGCCAUUCAUGAGGCUGCUGAAAGAGGCGGAGGAGGAGUACGGUUUCGGUCGGGAAGGAGUACUGACGGUUCCUUGCCACCCGGAUGAACUGGAGAGGUUAUUAUCAUCUCACCAAUUGCAACAGAAUCGAAGAAGAGCAUCAGGAUCAUUUAUGCUCAACACCCGCUUGACCAAAUGGGUCGAUCUAUCUACCUAUAGCCCUGUCUAUUAAUUAUUUGUUUUAAUUUAAUUAAUCACAAUAAUUAUCAGUACGUACUUGUUUUAUGUUUAAACAAUCUCAUUAUUUGUUUUUAAUCUAUUUUCUUUCAAUA